AGAAUAAACUUCAAUAAAACUCUGAGCCUUCAGAAUCAAACUCUUUUCUUCUGUACUUCUUUGAGGUGUGGUAUCUCUGAAUAAAAACUGCACACUGCUGCAUUUAAGUACACAUCCAUCUCAAAAACUGAGGCCAUGUUAAUCAAGGUACUUAAAAAAUAUUUGUUUCAAAAACUUCACAAACAUUUGCUGACUUGACAAAUACAUUAGUGGCAUGUGAAAUUCAAAUCAAGGAUCGAGGAUGUUUCUUUAAGUUGUUUUCUUUAGACUACACUCAAAAUAUAACAACAGGCUUCACCACAUCUUCUCAUCCAUCCUGGCUGUUUUCUCCAAAUGGAUUAAAGGCAUUUAGCUGUCAGCUAAAGCUCCACACAGAAGUGGGGUUGUUAAUUACUUAAUUAGCAAGUCUCACCUGCAGGUGUGACUGCUUGGUAUAAAUCUGGUGCAGGUUGUCCUGUAUGUCCAAAAUAAAUUGAACGCUGGUUCAUAAAAAUCCAAAAUCACUCAGCUAUCUUCUGAGAGGUAAAUUACCACAGUUCACUUUUUGUGCAUCAUUUAAGUGCAGUUUAAAAUAUGGGGAAAGUGGACUCUAAACUCAGGAAAGAAGGAUUUAAAACCUGAUUCAGCAAUGUGGCCUGAACACACACCCGAAGAGUAAGUGCAGCUCUUGAUCCUCAUUUCUUUCCUUUAUUUCAUUAUCAGUGUGAUUUGUUGGUUGUUUUACGACAGCAAGACACAAAAGAACCAAAGAGGCAGCCUUCGAAACUAAUGUCCCUUUAAUUUUCAGAAGUAUGAGAUGCGUCCCUAUGGCCUAAGACGGAGUAUUCGAUGUCCUAAGAAAUAUGGGGAAGCUAUUAAGGAGCGAACACACAUGUUGGCCCCAAGUCAAGAUCUGGAUUUUGUGUGUGAGCAGAGUGACAUGCACCCCCAGAAACCCCUGGAUGACAGGUAUGUAAGGAACGCUGCUGUUCUUCCAGAUUUCAAACUGCCCCACGGCGACAGAGCCCUAUUUACUGAAGAGAGGACUUCCUGUGGUGUGUCGGCUGGUCAGCCAGAGCCUCUGAUGAUCCACGGCUUCACGGUACCAGAGUACCAGCAGACAUAUCAUUCAGUGGUGGAUCACCUGCUCUUUAGUCCCUGCGGGAAGCUCACAGCCUACAGUCUUGAGCUGGGGCGUAACAUUAAGGAGCAUCUGUUUGAAGAGCUGGCCUACCCAACACUUCAAAUCUCAGAGCAGCCAAACGGAAAGGUGGAGGUGGUGGAGAGAUUUUGUGUCCUCCGCCCAACACCUUUCAUAGACAUUGACAUUAAAAGGGAACCAUAGUAAUAUUCUCACACAGACUCUCUACAACAUGAACAGCUUUUUUUUUCUUAAUGUCUCUUUAAUACUUUUAUUUGUGAAUUGUUGAUUUUUGUUAUGAUGUUGGAGACAUGCUUGUAUUUCAAAUGUUUUUUGAACAAAAUAAGUUAAAGAAAAAAAGACAAAUUUGAAAAUUGAAUUGACGGUCUUCUUUAUGAAUUACGCAAGUCGUAUGAAGCCAAAAUCUGGGAAUGUUGCACUUACAAGUGGGUUUUGCAUCUUUUGAACAAGAUACUUAUUCUAUUUUCUGCAAGCAUCAACCCUGUGAGUCUCUUGUUUUAACCUCAUUGUCAUCCCUGUUAUAUAAACCAAUUUGAUAAACCAGUUCAUGUUUUUCAACACAAAUCUGAAGCACGUCUACAAAAUCAUUAGCCUCGACAAAUACUAUAACACCUGUCAAUUAAUUUGAGAGUGACAGCUGCAGGUUCCUGUCUUGUGUUUAUAAAGUACAGUUGCUCUACGAGUUUAACACUUCAUCAAUUGCACCAAUGUUUUACACUCACAGUAAUCAUUAUGCAUUUUUCAAAAAGGAAAUGGAUUUUAUCUCCACAUGCCACUCAAAGGCUACUUGAAAUAACUAGUGGUGAGUGCCAACAUCCUCCUUUUAUCCCAUCACCAUCAUCUUCCUCAAAGCACGUACAUUCCUAUCCUGCAUAAUACAUGGUCUGUA